GAGCUUUGGUUACACGUAACAAAAAAUAAGAAAACAAAAAAAUGCAAAAUGUGUGAAAACUGGAAAAAAGUUGUAGUGUAGAUGGAAUCUAUCCAUUUUGCGGGCGAGCGUACGACGAAGUGAUGGUUUAACGCAAUUAAGUGGCUAAUGCAAUCACAGACGUAUGCAAAUUGAAGUGUUGGAUAAUUGUGCGGGUGCGUGCGUGAGUGUGUGUGUGUAUGUGUAUGUGCGCUUGGCGGUUACGAGCAAACGAACCGCAGCCUAAAGUCCAGGAAUUGAGUAAAAUUAAGCAAAAACGAAACAAAAUCAAAUAUUUAUUGUAUAUUUAAUAUAUGAAGAAAAUUGGAAAAACAAAAAUAGAAAUAAAAAGUAAAACUAAAAACAAGCAAAAUCAAAAUCCAACAGUCAAAUUUGUAACAAAAAUGUAUCGUAAGAAAAUCCUAUUUAUAGUGAAAGCCUCUUAAGUAAAACUGCGCUAGUAAAAGUAAUAAAAGCAAUUCAAAAACAUUGGCAGCCAGACAACGGACCUAAAAUUCAGCAGAUGAUGUCCAUUGAAAAUCAGCCAACGGCGAAACUUGACAAGGCAAACGAGACGAAGCCAAGAGAGAUAAUAAUUCAAUAGCAAUAAACUGGUAGAUAACAAAAGCAGCUGAUGUAAAAUGCAGCAGGCGCACCAACACCAACUAUAUAAUUGAGAAUAAAAACACCAAGACACCACCAACAGCAAUACCAGUAAGACACCAUUACAAGCAAAAAUCAAAUACAAACAAAAUACUAGCCCUAAUUCAAUCAGUACCAUCAAAUACAACAGUGGCACUAACACCACCACCAUUACCAUCACCAUUCCCAUCAAGAACACCAAUACUACCUCCCCAUAAAGUUAGAUGUACAACAAUAUGUUGGGUGAUAUAAUUUCACCGUCAAUCGCCACUUGGAGUACAGCGCAAAACUUUUACACUGACCUGGAUGUUGACAUGUCUUUGGUGCAUGGUGGCGUCUCCGACCUGAAUGCACCACUCCUACCUACCUACAACACGUACAAUACAGCAUACAGUAAUGCUACAACAAUGUUGUUCGACGUCAAUGAAACGAGCGCAUAUCAAAUUGUAUUGAAUGGCACAAGCGGUAACAUCAGCAACAACAACAACAGCACGAACCUCUUACUAGGCAUUGGCGAUGAGGGUAUCAGCAGUGGUUUCAUCACAUUCAACAGCACCAGCGGUGUGCCGAGUGGCAACAACAAUAUAGUCGAUCUUUUCAUAAGCGAACAUAAUGAGUUUGAUGACCAGCAACGAGUUCUGGAUGAUAUCAUUGGCGGCGGCACAAAGGAUCCGAUGGUGGCGUUCGCGAAAAUGAUUGUGAUGUCCAUUGUGUUGGGUUUGCUCAUAUUUAUAACCAUAAUGGGCAACGUUUUUGUAAUUGCGGCAAUUAUACUCGAGCGCAACCUGCAGAAUGUAGCUAAUUAUUUGGUGGUAUCACUGGCGCUGGCUGAUUUAUUGGUGGCAUGUUUGGUGAUGCCACUAGGAGCAGUUUACGAGAUCAGCGAGGGUUGGAUACUCGGCCCGGAGCUGUGCGAUAUUUGGACAUCGUGCGAUGUGCUCUGCUGUACAGCGUCCAUAUUGCAUCUCGUGGCGAUUGCAGCUGACAGAUACUGGACCGUCACCAACAUUGACUAUAGCAAUGUGCGCACGCCUAGUCGUGUCUUCUGCAUGAUUUUUUGCGUUUGGUUUACGGCGCUCAUCAUUUCUUUGGCGCCACAAUUCGGCUGGAAGGAUCCCGAGUAUAUGCAGCGCAUCGAAGAACAAAAAUGCAUGGUUUCACAGGAUGUUGCAUAUCAGAUUUUCGCAACGUGUUGCACAUUUUACCUGCCACUUUUGGUUAUAUUGGCUCUCUAUUGGAAAAUUUAUAAAAUUGCACGCAAACGCAUUCAACGCCGCAUCCAACAACGGCCACUUUCAAUGGCGCCUAAUAACAAUCAAAAAAGCGCCACCGCUUCUAUGCAGCGCAAGCGUAAACGCCUCAAAAUAUGCUUUGGCAAGGCGGAACAGAGUGCGGUUGUCACCACCGAAAAGGAAACAAAUGUAGGCAAUUCACUUAGCAUCAGCAACAUGCGCGAGGAGACGGAGUACAGCACGAGCAAUUUCGAUAGCAAAAGUCAUGCGACUGAAGUGACAACAGCAUCGGGCGAUGCUGAAGAGUCCCAAAUAUCUGCAAUCGGUGAAAUCUCAACAGUCUCACAGGAGGUGGCCAGCACUGCGCACCAGCAACACACCAUCGCCAUUACAAUAACGAAAUCAGCACAACAAUUGGCCGCUGCCGGCGCCGGCGGAGCCUAUCCCACCGCAUGCAAUCAGACGACACCGACCGCACCGACCAACAAGCUACUCGCCAGCAUCCCAAACCCCUACCACAAGCUGACCAAACGCCGUCAAAUGCUUGAGGCAAAACGCGAACGCAAAGCCGGACAAACACUGGCCAUCAUAACGGGCGCUUUCGCCGUCUGCUGGCUACCCUUCUUCGUGAUGGCGCUGCUGUUGUCGCUCUGCAAAGAAUGUCACAUCAACGCCGUACUCGCAUCGCUCUUCCUGUGGCUGGGCUACUUCAACUCAACGCUCAAUCCAAUCAUUUACACCAUCUUCAAUCCGGAAUUUCGACGCGCCUUUCAACGCAUUCUGUGCGGUCGCAAACGUACGCUGCACAGCCGCAGUGGGAAAAUAUGA